AUGUCCCUCCCCCGCCGCCCGACGCGGACACAGUCACGACGACUGGUGUCGUCGCUCUCCAUUGUGUUCUUUGCUUUUCUUGCACUCUUGUUACUGUGUCCCGUCGCGGUGACCGCGGAUGAAGACAAGCGGUCCGAGUAUGGCACGGUCAUUGGGAUUGAUCUGGGUACAACAUACUCUUGUGUAGGUGUACAACGAGGAGGUCGUGUAGAAAUCAUCGCCAACGACCAGGGUCACCGGAUAACGCCGUCAUGGGUCAGCUUCACGGACGAUGAGCGAUUGGUCGGAGACGCAGCGAAAAACGCGUACCACUCGAACCCUGAGAACACCGUCUUCGACGCGAAGCGGCUCAUUGGGCGCAAGAUGGACGACCCCGAGGUCAAGCGCGAUCAGAAACAUUGGCCGUUCAAGAUUGUCGCGAAGAACGACAAGCCCGCCAUUCAGGUCAAUUACCGCGGCGAGAACCGUGAAUUCACACCCGAAGAAAUCUCUGCCAUGGUCCUUGGCAAGAUGAAGGAGACUGCUGAGAGCUACCUUGGCAAGCCCGUCACCCAUGCCGUUGUUACUGUGCCCGCAUACUUCAACGAUGCUCAGCGCCAGGCCACGAAGGACGCCGGAACGAUCGCUGGGCUCCAGGUGCUUCGUAUCAUCAAUGAGCCCACGGCUGCCGCGAUUGCGUACGGCCUCGAUAAGAAGGGCGGCGAGUCACAGAUCAUUGUGUACGAUCUUGGCGGCGGAACCUUCGAUGUCUCGUUGCUCUCGAUCGACGACGGUGUCUUUGAGGUGCUCGCUACCGCCGGCGACACGCAUCUCGGAGGCGAAGACUUCGAUAACCGUGUACAGGAGUACCUGAUCAAGCAGUACAAGAAGAAGACGGGCACGGACGUUACGGGCAACCUCCGCGCGUUGGGCAAGCUCAAGCGCGAGGUCGAGAGGGCGAAGCGAACCCUGUCGAGCCAGCAGUCAACGCGCAUCGAGAUCGAGUCGUUCGAGAACGGCAAUGACUUCUCGGAGACGCUUACGCGCGCAAAGUUCGAGGAGCUCAACAUGGAUCUGUUCAGGAAGACGAUGAAGCCCGUUGAGCAGGUGCUCAAGGACGCCAACCUCAAGAAGGAGGACAUCGCCGAAAUCGUCCUCGUCGGUGGCUCAACGCGUAUCCCCAAGGUCCAGCAGCUUCUAAAAGAGUACUUCGGAAAGGAGCCUUCGAAGGACAUCAACCCAGAUGAGGCUGUCGCAUACGGUGCCGCCGUCCAGGGUGGUAUCCUUUCCGGUGACGAAAACCUCGGUGACAUCGUCCUCGUCGACGUAUGCCCGCUCACGCUCGGUAUCGAGACCACCGGUGGUGUCAUGACGAAGCUCAUUCCCCGCAACACUGUUAUACCGACGCGCAAGAGCCAGAUCUUCUCGACCGCCGCUGACAACCAGCAGACCGUGUUGAUCCAGGUAUUCGAGGGAGAGCGGUCGCUUACGAAGGACAACAACCUGCUCGGCAAGUUCGACCUGACGGGGAUUCCCCCAGCGCCGCGUGGGGUUCCGCAGAUCGAGGUGACUUUCGAGAUUGACGCGAACGGUAUCAUGAAGAUCUCUGCAGCCGAUAAGGGAACUGGCAAGUCAGAGUCGGUGACCAUCACGAACGAGAAGGGCCGUUUGUCUCCGGAGGAGAUCGAGCGCAUGGUGAAGGAGGCGGAGGAGUUCGCUGCAGAUGACGAGGCACAGCGGAAGCGUAUUGAGGCGCUCAACGGCUUGUCCUCGUUCGUGUACGGACUCAAGUCGCAGCUAGGCGACCAAGACGGCCUCGGCGGCAAGCUCAGCGACGAGGACACGAAGACGAUCCUCGACGCCUUGAAGGAGACGACCGACUGGAUCGACGAUUAUGGUCACAGCGCGACGGCGGAGGACCUCGAGGAGAAGCUGACUGAGGUGCAAAACGUCGUGAACCCGAUCACGAGCAAGUUGUAUGCUGGUGGAGGGGACUAUUACGCGGGCCCUGACGAGGACCAGGACCCGCUUCGCUCGCAUGACGAGUUGUGAUGAACGUUUGUAUUGUUUUAUAUGUUGGGAAGGCAAAAUAAGCUAUUAUUAUAGGCCCAGUUUGACGAAUAGACUCGGUUCAUGACGUACAAUGCAUUGCGAUGGCCAGGAGGUCGCCCAGGAGGUCGUCCAGGACUUCUGCAGCACCGGUUGUAGCGAUCGCUGGGGCUGGCUGAGCCGAGAUACCAAUAUAUGUGGAAGACACAGGAGAUUCCUCGUCCUGUAACUCAUCCUUUCGUUUAUGAAUCUGGUUUAGUAUCCUUGAAUUCUCCUUUAUAUUCAGAUUUUGGGAAACUAGAGUACAUGUCCAAGACGGGAAAGAGAGCCGAGAUGAUACAGGCGUGAUCGUGCU